CCACCUGGAGCGCAUGAAGAAGAACAUGGAGCAGACCAUCAAGGACCUGCAGCACCGGCUGGAUGAGGCCGAGCAGAUCGCCCUCAAGGGGGGCAAGAAGCAGCUGCAGAAGCUGGAGGCCCGGGUGCGGGAGCUGGAGAACGAGCUGGAAGCCGAGCAGAAGCGCAACGCGGAGUCGAUCAAGGGCAUGAGGAAGAGUGAGCGUCGCAUCAAGGAGCUGACCUACCAGACGGAGGAGGACAGAAAGAACCUGCUGCGGCUGCAGGACCUGGUGGACAAGCUGCAGCUGAAGGUCAAGGCCUACAAGCGCCAGGCCGAGGAGGCGGAGGAGCAGGCCAACACCAACCUGUCCAAGUUCCGCAAGGUGCAGCAUGAGCUGGAUGAGGCGGAGGAGCGCGCGGACAUCGCCGAGUCCCAGGUCAACAAGCUGCGGGCCAAGAGCCGCGACAUCGGCACCAAGGGCUUGAAUGAAGAGUAGCUUUGCCACAUCUUCUUGAUCUGCCCCAUCCUGAGGGUGCUGAUGAAGCCCCCAGUUCCAGAGCCUCUAUAGCAGCCCCUUUGGAGGAAGCAGAAUAAAGUUAUUUUCCUUGAAGCC